UCCUCCAUCAUCAAAGAGUCAAAGCACAGACCGAGCGAACGGGGAGCUGAGGAGUACGACGCUGUGAAAAUACUUCCCAACCGCUUGGAAAUUACGCUGCUCCGUCGUGUUAUCCUGGAGGGAAUGUGGACGUGAGCAACUAGGAUGAAAUAGUGUCGAAAAGUGCGCCACGUCGGCGGGAGAAAUUAAAGAAAGAAGAAAAAAGGUUGGUGGCCGACCAGCUUCCUCUGCUUCAACACUACGUUUCCCAUGGAGCCGUGUGCUGACACCCACGCUAUACUACCAUGGAGUCACCAGUCAGGGUUUUGCACCCAAAGAGCCGGUGAGACAGAAGAGGACCUGAUAUUGUGAUAUCACCCUCCGUCUCCUCCCUCCACCCCCCCCACCCCUGCUGCUUGUGCUCCAGCUCAGCAUCCCUCUCUCCUCCCCAUCCUUGACUCCCGCUGUGGACUAAAGACCCUUAUCAGGACCAGCUGACCAGGAGCUGCUAAUCACAGAGCACAGCCCAGUCUGGGCCCAGUUCCAGUCCAGUGUCAGUCCAGUCCUGCUGCAGGAUGGCAGGUCUCCCGUUGUGUUUGGCCGUGAUGGCCUUCGCUCUCCUGCUGACCCUCAGAGCUGAUGCUGCCGGUCAGAACCCAGACCACGUCCUGCAGGGGACGGGCGUGAAACCCGAUGCUCACCGGCCAGGCGAGGACUCCACCAUUGCACCUGAGGACGCUGCCCGUUUCCUCAGCUGCUACUGCUCUGGACACUGUCCCGAGGACGCCACCAACAACACCUGCCAGACAAACGGUCAGUGCUUUGCCAUCAUCGAGGAGGACGAGAACGGCGAGGCCAUCCUCACUUCUGGCUGCAUGAAAUAUGAAGGCUCACACUUCCAGUGCAAAGACUCCCCCAACGCUAAGACCAGGAGGACGAUCGAGUGCUGCAAGACGGACUUCUGCAACAGAGACCUGCAGCCCACCCUCCCCCCACAGGUGCCCACAGAAGGAAACCCCCACUGGCUGGCCUUCCUCAUCUCCAUGACCGUCUGCUGCUGCACUCUGAUCUGCGUCACUGUCGUCUGCUAUUACAGGUACAAGUGGCAGAGUGAGCGUCAGCGGUAUCACAAGGAUCUGGAGCAGGAAGUCUUCAUCCCUGCGGGAGAGUCGCUCAAAGACCUCAUUCACCAAUCACAGAGCUCAGGCAGCGGCUCUGGGCUCCCCCUGCUGGUGCAGCGGACCAUCGCCAAGCAGAUCCAGAUGGUGCGUCAGAUCGGGAAGGGCCGGUACGGCGAGGUGUGGCUGGGCCGCUGGAGGGGAGAGAAGGUGGCCGUCAAGGUCUUCUUCACGCGAGAGGAAGCCAGCUGGUUCAGAGAGACGGAGAUCUACCAGACCGUCCUGAUGAGACACGAAAACAUCCUCGGCUUCAUCGCGGCCGACAUCAAGGGCACCGGCGCCUUCACGCAGCUCUUCCUCAUCACCGACUACCACGAGAACGGCUCCCUGUACGACUACCUGAAAAUGACCACGCUGGACACGCAGGCUCUGCUGCGGCUGGCGUACUCCGCCGCCUGCGGCCUCUGCCACCUGCACACCGAGAUCUACGGCACGCAGGGCAAACCGGCCAUCGCCCACCGAGACCUCAAGAGCAAGAACAUCCUGAUCAAGAAGAACGGGACCUGCUGCAUCGCCGACCUCGGCCUCGCCGUCAAAUUUAACAGCGACACUAACGAGGUGGACAUCCCCCUGAGCACCCGGGUGGGGACGAGGCGCUACAUGGCCCCCGAGGUCCUGGACGAGAGCCUCAACAAGAACCACUUCCAGGCUUACAUCAUGGCCGACAUCUACAGCUACGGCCUGGUCAUCUGGGAGAUGGCCCGACGCUGCGUGACAGGAGGUAUUGUGGAGGACUACCAGCUGCCGUACUAUGAGAUGGUGCCCUCCGACCCCUCGUACGAAGACAUGCUGGAGGUGGUGUGUGUCAAAGGACUCCGGCCCACAGUGUCCAACCGCUGGAACAGCGACGAGUGCCUUCGGGCCAUGCUGAAGCUGAUGUCAGAGUGCUGGGCUCAUAACCCCGCCUCCCGCCUCACCAUCCUCAGAGUCAAGAAGACGCUCGCCAAGAUGGUGGAGUCCCAGGACAUCAAGAUCUGACCGCCCUCCUCCACCUCCUCCGUCAGAUUCACCGGAACAGACCCGACCUGACCUGGAACUGAUCAGACCGGACCACCGUCACUCUUCAUCGGGAGGAGGAAGAGGAGGAGAAAUUGGGAGAUAAUAAAGGACCCGCCUCAGGGCCGAACUGUGCGACUCCUCCUCCUCCGCCUCCUCUUUCUGUGCCGAGCGGCUCGCAGAGAGCGAGACAGUUGAGUUUGACGCUUUCCGUGAAAGCCAAACGAGACAGCGAUUUCCAUGUGGACUUCCUGUGGAGGGGGAAGAGGGAGGAGCCUCUUGAUGCUUGUUGUGAAUGAACUGAGAAGUUUUUUGAAGGACCCGCCUCGGCCAGCUUCUGCCCGCUUCAAAAAACAUUAAAAAUGCCAAUUUUGUUGUCAUUAUUUUCUCUUCAGGACUGAGUUCUCCUGCCAUAAUGAAAUAUAUCUCCACUCAAAACAGUAGAGUUAAUUAUUAAAAAAUAAGGUACCGUUAUGUGAAUUUAAUGUGUAAAUAAAUGUUAUCAUUAGAUGCCGUGCCUGCUCAUGAGAACGCUAUGAUGCUGACGUCCAGCCGACUCCCCGCAGUCGAUAUGGAGACGUCCCCCGUCCUGUCUGUCUGUCUGUCUGUCUGUCCAUCCACAUGCUGGUUCCUGUCUGUCUGUCCAGCUGUUUGUUGGGUGGAGCUGCUGUGGCGGCUGAGAACAGUCUGACUGGUUGAGCCAAAGUUCAGUGGGUGGAGUCACAGAAAAGGGAAAGUAAAAGACAGAAAACUUCACAUUACACAGAUGAUAGAGCUGUAAUAUAUCGAGAAAACAUCCUCUUGCAGUUAAGUAGAAAAAGUUCAGGAUUUUGUCAAUCCAAGAAGGUCACUUUUUAAUUAAAGUUCAAACUUUGGACAAAAGCAGAUGUUUGAUUUGUAAAUGUGCAGUCUGCAAGUGCAGCAGAGCAGUAAAAUGGAGGAGCACAUUAGAGAGAGAAAGAAAGCUAAAGGAGGGAAAUAUGAAAAUGUGACCUCGUGUUUCCUGUUUGUCGCUAACCAUCGACAUCCAGAAGCUCGUCAGGCGAGCUUGUUAGCUCACAGGGCUCCUUAUCUGGUAGUUGCUGACACAGCGCGAGGCUUUCUUCCUGCCUGGUCUUUUUCUCUCACCUUCGCUGAAAUAGUCGCAGGUUUACUUUGGCUCCUCCCACUGAGGUUUCACCUGUCCGAUCAGAUUAUUCCUGAGUGUGUGAAUUCGCUUGUCGUGUCCUGGUUGGCUGUCUGUUUGAGAUUGAUUGAUUCCAAAAUAAGAGCCACAUAAAACGUUCUCGUUACGAAUAUUUGGGAAACCGAGCCGGAAUGUGAUUAGCCUAGCUUAGCGCAAAGACUGGAAACAGAGGGAAGCCUUGUUAGCCUAGCACUGUUAGCCUGGGCAAAGGGGGGGAUGUUACCUGUGCUUUCAUGAACAGGUGAGAAAAUGAAUGUUUGAAAAGCUGGCUACAACAGAUCCAAGCUAGCAGCUUCCCUCUGCUUCCAGUCGGUGUGCUAAGCUAAGCUAAACACAAACUCUGCAUAAAAGAUGGGAUCACCUAAAUGUUGGACUGUUCCUUAAACUGUUUGUGUUGGUUUUCUCUCCUCAGCAGCAGGACGAUGUGCACGUCGGUGUGCACGUUCACCAAGAUCACCUGUGUGUGUGUGUGUGUGUGCGUGGAGAGUGUAUGGGGCUAACCGUUCAUACAGUAGCUAUUUAAAAGCAGUAACUUAGUGUUUUUUCUUUGUAAUGAAUAUGCAAGAAAACUCCAGUAUAUAGAAUAAUCUCUAAUAUGUAAAUCUUUAAUGUUGUUUUGUUUUGGUGGUGUUGUUGUUUUGUACAGCAUCUGGUUCGGUGCCUUAUGAGUUUACCAAGGAAAUGAAAACUCUGUAUACAGUCUGUCCAAUGUAACGAUUUUUAAGUAAAUAACCUUAUUUUAGUACACAAA